CUCAUCCUUCUCACCACGACACCUCACAUCCCACUUGCAACAAAACACAUCCGUCGCCUCAAAGCAACCUCCUACUCCGAAAAGAACCACCAAAAUGACCACACACGGACACAACACCCUAUCAGGAAAAAUAACAACCUACUUCACCUCCAUCGACGCCGGCGACCUCCCAACCACCAUGUCCCUUUUCUCCCCCACCGCAACCUUCACCAUCGUCACGUCAGGCCACACAACCUUCACAGGCCGGGAUGCUAUCCAGGCCAUGCUGGCGGACUUUGUCAACGAGUCUACGGCAAUGGAGCACCGGGUGCUGAGCAUGAUUGUGGAUGAGAAGGCGGGGAAAGUCGCCACGCAGCAGCGGUAUAUUGGAGUGCCAAAGGAUGGGAUACAGAGAGAUUUGCUGAAUUGUAAUUUCUUUGAUAUGGAUGACGAGGCGAGGAUUGAGAAGGUCUUGGUUUGGAUGGGUGGGGGGAGUCCGUUGGGCUAGAUUGGUUGUCUUUGAGGGGGAGUUUUAAACCAAGGGGAGUAUUUCUUAGGAUGAAGGGAAUGUAGUGGCAUUCAAUCCCGG